AGCUGCUUGUCUUCUCGUAACUUGAUGCAAGUCAUGUGUUAAGUACUUGUACAUUCAGCUGAAAAGUCAGUUGCCCUUAUUCAAGCUUCUCUCAGGAAGAUCAGUGAGUCUAUUGGGACCAAGAAGUGAGAGAAAAAUAUCAAGCCUUACAUCAAGGAUAUUUUUACUUUGUUUGUCUGCACCCUGACAAAGGAGAGUAAUGGGCUGUAACAGAAACUGUGGGCUCCUCACUGGGGCCAUCAUCGGCGCUGUGCUGGCUAUCUUUGGAGGAGUUCUGAUACCAGUUGGAGAUAACCUUAUAGGCAAAGCAAUAAAAAAGGAAGCUGUCAUUGCAAAUGGUACCAUUGCUUUUCAAAACUGGCUUGUGCCAGGAAGUUCAGUUUACAGGCAGUUUUGGGUUUUCCAUGUGCAAAAUCCCUCAGAGGUAUUAGACCUAGGAGCACGUCCAAAACUUGAACAAAGAGGACCUUAUACAUACCGGGUGCGAUAUUUACCCAAAGAAAAUGUCACGGAAAACCCUGAUGGCACGAUAUCCUACAUGUUGCCUAACAUUGCUCGUUUUGAACCUGAUAUGUCUGUUGGGACAGAAAAUGAUACCAUCACAUGCCUUAACCUUGCUGUUGUUGCUGCACCCGCCUUGUAUACAAACACUUUUAUACAACUACUAUUAAAUACUUGGAUUAAAGCUUCUAAGUCAUCCAUGCUGCAGAACAGAACAGUGAAAGAAUUACUAUGGGGAUACAAAGAUCCCUUCUUAAACAAGGUCCCCUUCCCUUUGGACCCAGUUCUGGGAGUCUUCUACCCGUAUAAUGGGACAUUUGAUGGAAUUUACAAAGUCUAUACUGGGAAAGAAGAUAUUAAAAAAACAGCAAUAAUUGAAAGCUAUAAAUACAAAAGGAAUCUUUCAUACUGGGAAGGUCACUGCGAUUUGGUUAAUGGCACAGAUGGGGCAUCGUUCCCACCAUUUGUUAAGAAAGAUCAGAUACUGCGCUUCUUCUCCUCCGAUAUCUGCAGAUCAAUCUAUGGAGUUUUCCAGGGCAAGCAGGAUGUGAAGGGCAUCACACUCUAUCGUUUCACAGUUCCUCGUGAAGCAUUUGCAUCGCCUGCCGAAGUCAGAGAUAAUUAUUGCUUCUGUACAGAUGAAGUCAUAUCAAAGAACUGCACAGUAGCUGGAGUCCUAGAUAUUAGUGCCUGCAAAGCAGGAAGACCAGUAUUUAUCUCUCUUCCGCAUUUUCUUCAUGCAAGUGAUUCUGUACUGCAUGAUGUUGAAGGCCUGAGCCCAAACGAGAAGGAGCAUGAGACGUUUCUAGAUGUAGAGCCUAUCACUGGUUUUACACUACAAUUUGCAAAAAGGCUGCAAGUAAACCUCCUUGUGAAACCUGCACCAAAAAUUGAAGCUUUAUCAAAAGUCCAAAAACCUUAUAUUUUUCCUCUUCUUUGGCUAAAUUAGUCUGCUGUUAUUGGGGAUGAGAAAGCAGAAAUGUUCAGAAAUAAAGUCACGGGCCGGGUCCAGAUGCUGAGUGUGCUGCAGAUGGUGUUAAUGAUUGCAGGUUCUGUGCUGUUCCUCGCAUUCAUGGGUUCCUAUUUCAUAUGCAGAUCAAAGAAAUUAAAAUAA